GCCGCUAGCCCUAGUACGUUAGUACACAUCACGAUCAAAGUCUCGACAGGCAGACUUACCAUAUGAUGUCAACCAUGUGUACCAGAAUAUGAGCGCUUGAGCCACAACCUCCUUCCAUCAUGCAUCCUGUGCUCCAAUUACACACUGCAACCAUCAUGAUCCAUACAUCACGAGCAAGGCACCCUCCGCCGAAUCUGCUAGAUCCAAGUCACACACUGCAAUCACGGCCGUAUUGCUGCGCAUACUACAAAAUAUGUCAGUCCCAGACACCUUCAGUUUGCAGCUAGUAAAGUACACUAACGUCGCCGCGUUAGCAGUCCUAGCUUAUGACUACUUUGUCACGUUACACUCUGAAGUCCAGUGGUCUUUGGGACGGAAGUGGGGGAUCGUUCGCACUACCUUCAUGGUUUCGCGAUAUGUGCCUUUUGCUGGUGCAAUCAUGACCUCGUACACCGCUAUUAAGACAUGGGGCACGCAAAAUUGUGUGCCAUUUAAUAAUGCUACAAAUGGUAUGCAUUUCCUAGGAAUCAUUGCCUCGGAAGGAUUGUUGAUUGCCAGAAUAUACGGCUUUUCUGGCAAUAACAACACUUACCUGAUCGUUCUCCUCUGUUUUGCUUCGACCAUCUUGGUGAUGGCUGUGAUUAUAAGCGCUGCCCCUAUCAAUUGGAACAUGGCAGGCUCCCCACCUUGCGCGUUCGAGGGGAGUCGUCAUAGUGCUCUUCCGUAUGGACUCUUAGCGUGCCUUGAGAUCGUUCUUAUGUCCACCACCGCAUAUCUGAGAUAUCGACAUUAUCUUGGUUCUCAUAGUACACUGAUGAGGAGUAUCUAUCGUGAUGGACUGCUCUACAUGUUCUGCAUCACAAUGAUAUCAUCAGCCAAUGUGAUCGUAAUCAGCGUCCUACCUCUCUCUUACAGCGAGAUGCUAAACGCACCCCAGAUUGUUAUGCAUAGCGUUCUUGCUUCUCGCAUACUGUUCAAUCUUCCAGUGAACAAGGCGCCGGUCUUCCCCACAUACCAAUCGACGCCUUCAACGGAAAUGUUAUCGUGUCCACCCGAGUUUGAUGCGAUGUCUGAAGGCGGUCAGACGGUUUGUGACGUUGACCACAAUCAAGUUUAGACUAGUUUGUUUCUCUUUAUCGCGUCUUUUGCAUUGCAGUGCUUAUCUACUGUACUACCCAAGUGCAUGCAUCUUCAGUACUGCUUCGAAUUACUUAUCAGUGGCUAUUGAGGGGUAAUUCAAUUUGGUUACACCUUGUGAAAUUUCGUCCCUCUUGAUCA